AUGGAUAAAUUAACGGAAGAAAGUGUUGAAAAUAGGAAUAAAUUAAUCGAUGAAUGGAUUGAAAGCAAUAAACUGUUGAAAGAAAGGACUGAAAACGAAAGGCGUGUGAAAUGCGAGGCAAAUGUUGUGGCAAUUGAUGUGAAAAAGAAAAUUAAAGAAACGAUUAAAUGUUUAAAGAAAGUGAAUUCAAUCGAAAAGUUGAGAAAUAUUCUCAAAUCCAAAGUCAGACAAAGAUCUGAAGAGAUUAGCGAUGAGAGCGACGUCUCGUUUAGCCAUCGAUGCAAUGAAUUGAAGAGUUUAUUGAAAGAAAGACUGGAAAUGUAUCGCAAAGAAGAAAAUGCAAUCAAUUGUAUGGUUAAUAUCGAAGUUCACAAACAAUUGAAUGAUAAACAGCAAGAAUUGUUCACUCAUUUAAGUGAAAGUCAACAUCAAAUCUAUGAAUGUCUGUUUGGGAGCCAAUCGUUUCCCGAGACUAAUAAUCCGGAAUCGCUUAAGAAUUGGCAAUUCUUUGAGAGAAGUCAUCACAACAUUCAUAAUAUGAUUGCAAUUAGAAAUUCCUGGGAUUCCUAUCUUGAUAUGAAUUGUGGCGGUUCUGUGCCUAAGAAUUAUCGCUCAAUUGAUAAAUCAUUGCACAAAUUGAGAGAAAUGCCCGAAAAGAAGAGCAAAUGCGAGACAAAGAGCGAUGCGAUUGAAGACAAAUGUGUCGACUCUGAGACCAAUUGUCCGACAAAUUCGGUUCAAAUCAAUGCUUUGAAUCACGAAAGCAGAAGAAGUGCUUUCUCUCCCUAUAGGCCGUCGACUGUCUUAACGAAUCUGCAGAGAGGAAACAUUCAGACACAGACGCCGACCAAUUGGCCCGAAAGGAGUAUUCAUCAGUUGUCGGCGAUGGGAGAACUCUUUGACCAAAAUCUAGUUCUCCCAUCGCCGACAACUGAUGAAUACUCCUUUCGGGCCAAUUGGUCGGCGUCUGUGUCUGAAUGUUUCCUCUCUGCAGAUUCGUUAAGACAGUCGACGGCUAUUAUCAUGUGA